UAGCUUGCACCUCAAUUAGCAGACUGUAGUGUACCGUCUUUAUACUUUUCACAACUGCUGUGUACUCAUAAAGACAGACAGGAGCACAAACAGGUAAUGCUUCUCCAGCUCUCUCCUCUUAAUGGAGACAUACUACCGGAAUAACUGCCACACACUCUGUCUUUAUUUCUUUCUUGUCUCUAGCACUCUGGUCUAUCCCUGAAAAUAAAAAAGUGAAAGAUGUGCUUUGACUUGAAUCUAACUGCUUUUUAUUUUCCCACCAGGUUCCCCGAAGUCUUUGAACCGUAAGAGCUACAAGUACUUCUGUAAUCAAGGGGAUGUAAAAGAGUUUUAAACAGAAUGUGAAUUAGGUAUCACUGGUCGAAUUUGCUAGAGAAUGAAGCACCUGGAAUUGGUCUGCCUUAUUUGUUGGAACAAUGGCAGCAUUAAAUCGUAGACUCAAGGUUUUUUUCCACUAAUCUGGAAGGAGGGCGACAUGGCAAAGCCCUUCUACAGGCUUCAGCGCUUCUUGCGACGGACUCAGCUGCUGUUCUUGUUCCUCGGUGUCGCAUAUAUUAUGGCUGGAAGUGUCCUUCUUCUGCAGAGACAUGGAUUUGUGGUGUCACAGCGUGGGACGAGCAGUUACUUUCCAUUGCCGUCUUUGCCAUCUCCUCCCAGGGCCCUGGAGGCACCUGCCCUUCGGACAAGUUAUGGAAUAAUGGGUGCUCGGGUCACCAGAAAGGGAAUGGGAUACCAAAGCGUUUUAUCCGAAGACAACGCUGGACCACAGUGGCUGAUCUCACGAAACCAGGAGAUCCGAUAUCUGAGACGUCGCUGGUUCCACAGCCUCAUGUCCGAACAGGAAGCAUCCAGAGUGGAGAAAGUUCUUCCAAAAAGAAAAAUACGACACAAAGGCACAUACAUCGGCUGCUUUCUGGAUGACGCUAAAGACCGGACGCUCAAAGGAAUGGUGUUUUAUGACUUCCGGAAAAUGACCAGCACCUUGUGUCAGGACACCUGCACGGAAAGCGGGUACCAGUUCGCUGGCCUUGAAUAUGGGUCUGAGUGUUACUGUGGCAACCGCAUCACAAGCACUCCGAUGAAAGAGGAUGAAUGUAACUUGGACUGCAAAGGCGAGAAGGGCGCCAUAUGUGGAGGUGUUUCCCGACUGUCCAUUUACAAGGUGGAGGAGGUUCUUCCUGGCCAACGGAGAUACAGGAACGUGCGCUACCGAGGCUGCUUCAAAAAGCCUGACAACACAACAGCAGCUUCCCUGGCACAUGCCAUCCAGCCCAACCUCACCUCCCAGUGGUGCAUCGAGACCUGCAUGGAUCAGGAGUUUCCUCUGGCUCUGGUCAGGAAGCCUGACUGUUUCUGUGGCUAUGCCACUGCUCGCUUCACUCUUCAUGAGCCGGUGAAAGAGGAGCUCUGUGCUGUGGAAAACAGCAGUCUGCCUAUCCAGAGUUCCCAUCAGCACUUCCUCCAGGUUUAUCAGACACCUGUUCAAGAUUCCAGAUGCACAGAGAAGAAGUUCCUACCUGAGAAAUCAAGCUCACUUGUGGCUUUGUCCAGUUUUCCUGGUGCAGGAAACACCUGGGUCAGGCAUCUGAUCGAGCUUGCCACAGGCUUCUACACAGGCAGUUACUACUUUGAUGGCACGCUCUACAAUAGAGGCUUCAAGGGUGAGAAAGAUUAUUGGAAGAGUGGAAGAACCAUCUGUGUGAAGACCCAUGAGAGCGGCCAGCGGGAUAUAGAGGUGUAUGACUCAGCAAUACUGUUGAUAAGAAACCCCUACCGCUCGCUCAUGGCUGAGUUCAACCGCAAGUGCGCCGGGCAUCUUGGUUACGCUUCUGAUCAGCACUGGAAGAGCAAAGAGUGGCCAGAAUUUGUGGGUAGUUAUGCCUCAUGGUGGGGUUCUCACGUAUUGGACUGGCUGCGUUAUGGAAAGAACCUUCUGGUGGUGCAUUAUGAGGAGCUGCAGGAGACACUGGUGCCCACAUUACGAUCCAUCACUUCCUUCCUCAAUACCAGUGUCAGCGAAGAUCGGCUCCUCUGUGCUGAGUGCAACAAGGAUGGCCACUUCAAGCGCUCAGGUGCACGACGGCCCAGCUUUGACCCCUUCACCCUAGAUAUGAAACGGCUGAUUGAUGGCUACAUCAGCACUGUGGACCAGGCCCUCAGAGCCAGCAACCAUUCUAGCUUGCCAAAGGAGUAUCUCCCAAGAUGAUAAGUCCAGAACUAGAGUACAGGACUGGUUGUCCUGCUCAAGCUCCAGUGCUACAAACUUUGAUGUCUUGGAGCUAUUUUGAUAUGUUAUUUCCUCACAUUUUGAGGUCGAAAAUAGUGCCAUAUGAUGCUGUUGUGCUUUGAGAGCGUCAUGUUUUAACGGCGGUCCGUGAAUCAGUCUGCGAAAGGAAACAAAGUUCAACUUUGUUGCCAUACCAUGGUGGAUAUUUAUAAAGAUUAGGUUUGAUGACUGCAGACUUGAACGUGAGACUCUAGUCAGAGGUUAAUAAGUUCUCCUUCCUCCUUUGGGAAGAAACGUGAGUGCUUAAUAGCAUAAGUCAACUACAAGUCAACAAAUGGCCUAAAUAAGCAACAGAUGUAACUGCUUAUGAACUAAUCUGACAUGUACUGUAGAUGAUAAUGAAAUGUCCACAUGACCACAAAAACAACAUCAUUUUAUUACUGCAUUGUGACAUUUUUGUUUUUUUACUUCUUAGAGAUAAAUUUGGACUAUUUACAAAGAUAAUGUUAUGAUGUAAUCUAUUAACAACAGAUGAUAACCACAGCAAAAAUAUUUUAUAGUAUUUUUGUCUUUUUUCCAGUAAAAUAUCUCAACAUUCUUAAAACAAGAUACUUUGAGAAGCAAAAUUACGUUUUGCUAUCUGAAAAAAAAAAAAAAAGUUUUAUCAAAGUUUAAAAUUAAACAAGAACAAAUAGGGGAAGAAAAAUAAAACCUUCUAAUUAAGUUAAUUUUUCUUACCCAAUAGGCAGAUAUUUUUUCUUGUUUUAUGCAUCAACUUUUUCUCUAGAAAAUAAGACAAUACGAAUACAAGAAUUUUGCAUCUCAGAUAAAUGUAUAGUGAUUUUAAGAAUAUUUAUAUAUUUGUACUGUAAAACAAGUCCAAAAAUACUGAGUAAGAAUAUAAUUUCUGUAGUGUGUUGAGGACAAUGUUAUCAAGUAUUGAAAAAGUCUCAUAGACCACAAAACUGAAUAUGAAGUGCAACAUACCUAUGAUGGUAACAGCCCUGACCGGUGCGAAACGUAAUAUUAUAUUGUUGGAAAACAGAAUAACAAACACGCUUCCCUUCCAAACCUUCAAGAUCAAGAAAAUAUGAUAUGGCAAACAGAAUACAUCAGUCAAACAAAAGGUGACUGUCCCCAUCCCGCUAGAUUCUCUCAGAACGGAACCAAAGCUUUCAACUAGACUAGACAAGACUUGCCUUGCAGAAUGAUGCUAGCAUGAUGCUAAUCCUCCCAGAGCUGAUUAGCACGCCGCCAACAUGCUCCAGAUGUGUCUGGAUAAGCGCUGGUGUAAUACUCUUUUGCACAUUGCCAAACUGGGAUCAGCUUCAGAUUCAGACAAUGUCACUGCAGUGCUAGUGGCAGGCAUCCCUACGGGUGGCUGUUUCUGCAGAGUUAUUCAACAAGACACGAAAAAUUUAUCGGAUAGCAUCAUUCAGGGAAUAGCAUCAUUCGGACUAAAUAAAAAAAUUGCACUGUUUGAGUUUGGUCCAUAAUUUAGUGAGUAGGUUGACACAAAAGCCGAAGUGUGUAACUUUAAACAAAUGCACCCCACAUCAGAAACUGGUCUGAAGAAAUUAUAAUAACAGACUCAAAAUUUCAUCAUUGGUUGAGUCAUUGUUGCUAUGCUGGACUGAUUGUUCAAAGACAAAGAAUAAUGUUUAAUAGUGUCAUAGCUAUACUGUUUACACUUUUUGGAUGAAUCAGCUGAGCUGGGAUGGAAGAGUUUUUAACACAGGAAAAAAAAAAUUGUUCACCAGAGAUUGAAACAUCUGUCAUCAUUUGCUUAACCUCAUGUUGUUCUAACCAGUGUUAUAUUAGUAUUAUUUAUAUUCUAAUUUAAUAUUUAGAAUUUGCUAUUUUUUUCCCAGCAUUUUUCUGAAUUCAUUUU